UCACAAUUAAAAAAUCAAAUGUUUUUAAAACAUCUAAAAUUGUUUUUUGAAAGGUGGGAGCAUAGGAUUUGUGGUCAUGAGCGGUGGGCCGGUGUCCACAUGCAGUCGCUGAGGUGGUGGGCCCACGGCAGGCCCGGCCCAGCAGGCGACGCCCCGUUCCCCUCUCUCUCGUCUUCUCCCACCCCUCCGCCGUCGGUCGCUCGCCUCCCAGCCUCGCCGCGGCGGCCGGAGAGAGCGCACCAGCGACCGAUGUUGGAUAUGCAGGCGGGCGUCGUGCACCUCACCUCACCUCACCUCUACGACGACCCCGACCGGCCGCCUCCGCCCGACCCUCCUCGACCCCCACUUGGACGCCGGCAGGCAGCGGCGCAGUCGCCGGAGGUGAAGAAGCUCGUCCACCUCUAGCUCCUCCACUACGCCGACAAGUGAAAAGAAACAGCCACCAGUGGACGGGAAUUCGUCACAUAAAGUGCUCUGUCUCCUUGAGUCCAUGCUGACAAAGCAAUGCAGAAGCAUCCCUCCUACUGUAAUAACUACAUCUGGGCUUUUAAACAUCCUAAAUUUUACAAAUUUGGUAAAGGAUUCUCUACCAGCAGCAAAGAACUGUUUCUUUUUCGAUUGCCCCUUUUUUUUUCUGCCUUUCUACUGUUUGCAAAUGUCCUGAUGUAUUUAUGUGCUGUGUUUUGGCAUCUGGAACGAAGCAUGAAGCAUAAGCUUCUCAAGGUACUGCAUUGCACUGUGCUUACACACUCAUACUAAAUUGCUGAGAAAAAGCUGCAGAAAUUCAUCCUCAAUAAAAACCUUUACGUGAUAAUUCAGGUGUUCUUUUUAGACCUGGGAUUGGAACUUCGAAACUUCUGUUUACAGUGCAGGUCAAACUGUAUCUAAUCAGGAAAAUGCAUAAGCUGUAUAAUCACCUGGUAUUUUCAAAUGUCUGUCUGAUUCCUAUAUAGUCCUGGAUAAGCCAAUUCAUACUGUAAAGAUGGUCGAAUCUCGGGCUCUCCGUCUAACGAGUUGCUUCCGGCACUGAGUGUUCAUGCCAGACAUGCCAGCGGCUGUACGACGGCCUCCCUGCCUCUGGUUUCUGGUUCUACAAGUUGAGCAAUGGCUGCUGGUGGUGGUGAGCUCUCUCUUCCCCUGCCCCCACCCCGCUCUUCCGAAAUUGCAUUUUCCACCAUUGCAGGUCCAACUUGCGUAGACUUGUUAUGAGCACUAUAGCUUAAAGUAAAAGCUUCCACAAGGCUUGCGGGUCAGAAUUAAUCUCUUCUUCACUCACACUUGGGGACAUUACAUUGCAUUUUGCCAUGCUUCCAUAUUUCCUGUUCUGACAGUAGAGGUGGCAGCCUGUUCUAUGGGUGCUCUGCUUUCAGAUAUAUUGAUAUAUUGAUGUUGCGGAUUUUGCCGAGUGAGGAGUUGAGUUUAUCCAAGUAAUCCUUGAUCGAUGGCUCUCGGGUAGCGGCUUGUAAAUUGCGAGUCUUCGUGACGCAGGCUCCGUUCUCUUCCCCUCUGCAGGUUAACUUGAGCCCAAAUACAUGCAUGCGUGCUUGCCGGCUCACACCAUGAUCCUAGCUAAUUUUCUAGAGAAAUAGAAAGCUUUACAUGUACACAUGGGUGUAGAGUGUACUAGUAUUAUUCAAGCAUGAGGAAGAAGUGGCGAAUAGUAGUUUCGCAUGAAUUGUAUUUUCUUGACAUAGGUUACACGUUUACAAAAUUUCGUCAAACAAUAUUCCUGUCUUUCUGUGGUCACACUUCUGUACGCAACUUUUCUUGGUAUUUUGUGUUGCUAUCAGUUGAAUUUUCACCUGUGGUUCCAUCCAGCCACUUGAUGGAAGCUUCAUUGAAGGUUCUCCUUGUAGACAAGCUAACCCAGUACAUACUUUUUAUCGUAAUACUUCCUUGUAUUAUGUACAUAUAGAGAUAGCACUAAGUGGGUGUACAUCAACCUAGUUCAAGUUGCAGCCAAAGUCUGAAUUGAAUGGGUCCAAAAUGGACUGUGGUGACUUUUCUGGACAGUCAGCAGAACAUAAUUGUUCAGCUCAACCUCUUCCAUUCUAUCUUAUAUAUACAGCAUCUUCUUCCUUCUCCAAAUAUCAUAGCAGAGCAGCAAUGUUCUCCAUGCCUCCGCUCUACAUAUUAUCACUCGGGCUUCUCCUCUUCCACACUACUCCUUGGUGUUCCUCCUUUGCAGCCGCAUACAAUGAUACUCUCAUGGAAGGCCAAGUGCUCGCUGUCGGGGGCAAGCUCUUCUCGAGAAACAGCAAGUUCGCGCUCGGCUUCUUCCAGUUCCAGCCAGCAAGCACCAUCAGUAAGUCGUCUCAGAACACCGCAUCUCCCAGCCCUAGCUUGUGGUACCUUGGCAUAUGGUUCAAUAAGAUCCCAGUUUGCACUUCUGUAUGGGUUGCUAAUAGGGAUCAGCCCAUCACUGACCCCAUCAUCAACCAAAAACGGUUCAAGAUAUCAAGUGAUGGCAAUCUUGUCAUUGUAAACCAUGCCGCCAACAAUGAAUCCAUUGUUUGGUCCACCCGCGUUGUAAAUAAUAGGACACACCUCAGCAGAAACUACACUAGUACUGCCGUUCUCUUGAACAGUGGAAACCUUGCCCUCAAAGAGAGCCCAUCAUCCGGCCUACCGGUGUGGCAGAGCUUCGACUACCCAACAGAUGUUAUACUUCCUGGUGCAAAGUUUGGCCGGAACAAGGUCACUGGUUUCAGUCACCAGGCCAUCUCAAAGAAGAGCCUCAUUGAUCCGGGUCCUGGCUCAUACAGCUAUGAACUAGAACAGACCAAGGGGCUCGUCCUCAAGCGUCUCAAUCCCUUGGUAGAAUAUUGGCUUUAUGCAUCCUCCACAAAAUCAUCGUUCAAUCUUGUACCAAUGCUCAAGGCAGUGCUAGAUAUGGAUCCACGCACCAAAGGUUUGAUGAACCCAACAUAUGUUAAUAACGACCAAGAGGAGUACUACAUGUACACUUCACUUGAUGAGUCGUCUUCCUUUUUUAUCUCACUAGACAUCUCUGGUCAGGAAAAGCUGAAUCUUUGGUCGCAAGCUAAUCAAUCUUGGCAAACCAUAUAUGCCUCACCUAACAAUCCCUGCAUUCCUCCUGCUACUUGUGGACCUUACACGGUCUGCAAUGGCAAUGCACAGCUAUCCUGUGACUGUAUGAAGAGCUUCUCUCAGCAAUCACCGCAAGAUUGGGAGUUUGAGGACCGAACAGGAGGAUGCAUCAGAGAUACACCAUUACAUUGCACUAGUGACAGAAACAUCACAAGUUCAACAGACAUGUUCCACCCAAUUGCUCAAGUUACAUUGCCCUACAACCCGCAGAGCAUAGUCGUUGCUUCUACUCAGAUCAAAUGUGAAGAAGCUUGUCUCAGUUCCUGCUCCUGCACUGCUUACUCCUAUAAGAAUAACAGAUGCUAUGUCUGGAAUGGGGAAUUGCUUAGCGUAAAUCUGAACAACGGCAUUGAUAUCACUUCUGAAGAUGUUCUUUACCUCCGUCUUUCUGCCAAAGAUUUCUUGCCAAGUUUGAGAAAAAACAAAAUAAAACCAAAUGUUGGAGUUGUUACUGUCACAAGCAUUGUUGGGUUUGGGCUACUCAUGCUCCUGUUGUUGCUGUUACUGGAUUGGAGGAACAAAUUCAUGUGGUGUGGUUUGCUGCCAUUAUACUAUGACACUCAAGGUAGUGCUGGCGGGAUUAUAGCCUUCAAAUAUACUGAUUUAGUUAGUGCUACUAAAAACUUCUCUGAAAAGAUAGGUGUCGGAAGUUUUGGUUCAGUAUACAAGGGGGUGUUAAGUGACUCGAAGACUAUUGUAGCAGUGAAAAGGCUUGAUGGGGCCCGUCAAGGAGAGAAGCAAUUCAGGACAGAGGUGAGCUCAGUUGGACUUAUCCAACACAUAAACCUAGUCAAAUUGAUUGGUUUCUGCUGUGAAGGUGAUCACAGAUUACUUGUGUAUGAACACAUGUUAAAUGGGUCUCUUGAUGGUCAUCUAUUUAAGAAGAGCAAUGCAAAUGCUGUCGUCCUGAAUUGGAACAUCAGAUAUCAGAUAUCCCUAGGAGUUGCUAGAGGACUGUCCUACUUGCAUCAUCGUUGUCAUGAGAGCAUCAUACACUGCGAUAUUAAGCCAGAGAACAUACUUGUGGAUGCAUCAUUUAUUCCUAAAGUUGCAGACUUUGGGCUGGCAGCAUUUGUGGGAAGGGAUUUUAGCCGAAUUCUGACUUCAUUCAGAGGAACUGCAGGUUAUCUUGCCCCAGAGUGGCUUAGCGGAGUGGCAAUCACACCGAAAGUCGACGUCUACGGCUUCGGCAUGGUACUGCUGGAAAUAAUAUCAGGAAGGAGGAAUUCCUCACCUCAAACAUCACACAAUACUAGGAGCAGCAGCAGUUACCAACAUGAUGAAUAUUUCCCUGUGCAAGCCAUCAGCAAGCUUCAUGGUGGAGAUGUGAAGAGUAUAGUGGAUCCACGUUUACAUGGUGGCUUCAAUUUGGAAGAGGCUGAAAGGGUUUGCAAAGUUGCAUGUUGGUGCAUCCAAGAUAAUGAGGUCGAUCGGCCAACGAUGGGUGAAGUGGUCCGGGUCCUCGAGGGUCUACAGGAGAUCGAUAUGCCCCCUAUGCCAAGACUCCUUGCAGCUCUAACAGAACAAUCUGAUGCUGCAACUUCAGUGUACUCCCUCUGAUCCAAUUUGGUUGUCGUUCAAACGGAUGUAUAUAGCACUGAAAUACGUCGAGAUACAUCUGUUUCAGCAACAACUAAUAUUUAUCGGAGGGAGUAAUAAACUUAAUUCAUAGAGAGUAGGCCGCUUUGUCUCAGCAAAAAAAAUAAAAAUUGAGGUUCUAUUGUUGAGGAGAAGGAAUAAAGGAAGCAAGCACUGAGCAAAAUAUGGCCAUACUAUAGUUGUGUCACUUGUAAGCUGGGAUAGUUGAUAUAUGUAUUUAUACUUGCGGCAUUCAUAGAGAUGUGUCACUUGUAA